GAGGGUGCUUUGCAGUUCCACUAUAAAUUGAUAGAGAAGCCCACACCGUAGAAUGGCCGCUACCGCAUCCCCCGUUGUUCUUUCCUUGGUCUCUUCACUCUUCGCUUCUGCAUCCUCUUCUUCUUGUUCCUCUCUCAUUUUCACCAGACUCCGCUCUUCCCCUUCCCUUCCAUUUUCCGUUGCAGUCAAGCCCCUGUGUUUUCGCAGAGGGAAGCUCAUGGCUCACACUCUCGCCCGGGCCACUCUCGGCCUCACUCACCCUUCCAAUGUCGAACCCCCUAAGAUCUCUUUCACCGCCAAAGAGAUCGAUUUGGUGGAAUGGAAAGGAGACAUUCUUGCAGUGGGUGUUACGGAGAAAGACAUGGCUAAAGAUGAGAACUUGAAGUUUGAGAACCCAAUUUUGAAGAAGCUAGAUUCUCAGUUGGGUGGUCUUUUAGCUGAAGCAUCCUCCGAGGAAGAUUUCACAGGAAAAUCUGGACAGUCAACAAUUCUUAGGCUCCCUGGUCUUGGCUCGAAAAGGGUUGGCUUGAUUGGGCUCGGACAGUUGACGCCAUGUUCACCCCCAGCAGCUUAUCGGAGUCUUGGCGAGACUGUUGCAGUGGCAGCCAAGGCGGCUCAAGCAAGUGAUGUUGCCAUUGUGCUUGCUUCUUCUGAGGGGCUUUCUGCUGAAUCAAAGAUUUAUACCGCUUCUGCCAUAGCUUCUGGGGCUGUGCUGGGCAUUCAUGAGGAUAAUAGGUUUAAGUCAGAGUCAAAGAAGCCAGCUCUUAAAUCUGUGGAUAUCAUUGGCCUUGGAACUGGACCUGAUGUACAGAAGAAGCUCAAGUAUGCAGAAGAUGUCUGUUCUGGGGUAAUUUUUGGAAAAGAACUUGUAAAUGCACCUGCCAAUGUGCUUACCCCUGGGGUAUUAGCAGAAGAGGCUUCAAAAAUUGCAUCCGCAUACAGCGAUGUCCUUUCAGCAAAAAUUUUGGAUGCAGAGCAAUGCAAGGAACUGAAAAUGGGUUCCUAUCUUGGAGUUGCUGCUGCUUCUGCAAAUCCCCCUCAUUUCAUCCACUUGUGUUACAAGCCUCUAACUGGACCUGUCAAGGCCAAACUGGGAUUGGUUGGUAAAGGAUUGACUUUUGACAGUGGUGGCUACAACAUCAAGACUGGACCUGGCUGUUCUAUUGAGCUCAUGAAGUUUGAUAUGGGGGGUUCAGCUGCGGUUCUAGGUGCAGCAAAAGCCAUUGGUCAAAUUAAACCUUCUGGAGUGGAGGUGCAUUUCAUUGUUGCAGCUUGUGAGAAUAUGAUAAGCGGAACAGGCAUGAGGCCUGGAGACGUUGUCACAGCUUCAAAUGGAAAGACAAUUGAGGUCAAUAACACAGAUGCAGAGGGCAGACUCACACUUGCAGAUGCUUUGGUAUAUGCUUGUAACCAAGGUGUAGAGAAGAUUGUUGAUCUAGCAACAUUAACUGGGGCCUGUGUAGUUGCUCUUGGGCCCUCAAUUGCAGGUGUCUUUACGCCCAGUGAUGACCUUGCUAAAGAGGUACUAGCAGCUUCAGAAGCAAGUGGGGAGAAACUUUGGAGAAUGCCUAUGGAGGAGAGUUAUUGGGAGUCCAUGAAAUCAGGAGUAGCUGAUAUGGUCAACACUGGUGGCCGUCCAGGUGGUGCUAUCACUGCAGCUCUGUUCUUGAAACAGUUUGUGGAUGAGAAGGUUCAGUGGAUGCAUAUCGACAUGGCCGGUCCAGUUUGGAACGAUAAGAAGCGGGCUGCAACAGGAUUUGGCAUUUCAACUCUGGUGGAAUGGGUUCUGAAGAACUCUUCUUAGUCUGGCUGGAAUUUGCUGUUGAAAAUUCUCAAUUGGGUUGGUGCUGACCCUGCAAUAAAAUAUGUUGGAAAAGAGAAUGGAAAGUGAUGAGCUGAACCAUUGAUCAUCCUCUGUCUUUUACAGAAAACUAUAUAUCUAUUUAUAUUUACUGCCUUUUCUCUUUUAAGUGAAGAAUUUUUUUUGGAAUUUCUGUUGA